AUGGCACAGGCAAUUGACGCAGCCGGUCCGAGCUCGCCUACCGCCCCACGUACCAGAAAGCCAGGCGAGGUGCGUUCUAGGAGCGGUUGCUUGACCUGCAAGCAGCGCCGCAAGAAGUGCGAUGAAGACUUUCGCAUCCGCCAGAAUGGUGCCACGUCUUGCAACAGAUGUGCAGACCGUGGUAUACACUGCGAGCAAAGCACGAGCGCCACACCCCAACGAUCUGCCCACCAGCAGCGACCGUCUCCUUAUCCAGCGCCAGGUGCAACACCAUCUAGCUCGUCCAAGCUUCCCUCUCGUGCCGCCCGCGGGCCCAGCUCUACUGCUCAUGCUCAACACUCCGAUAUCCUGUCAACGACAUCCAACCCAGCCGCUCCGAUCGGCACGCCAACGGGCGCGUACGCCGCCGCUUUGGAUCCGUCGCUGGCCUGGUCUGGUUCUGCCCACUUCCCCAUGCAGUCCUUCUCUCAGUCACAGCUUCAACACGUCGGCGCUUUUCCCGGCCUUCAGAAUCCCGCUGUUGCGAGCCAGCUAGCUUGGAUGAGUCAGAAUCCUGCCAUGAUGAAUCGGACAACCGUCCGAUACAAUCGACCCAACAUCUGGCCGGCAUCGGCCUCCACGAGCGGCGCCGAUCCAACCAACACUGCUGCUGUCCAAAACGCUGCUGGCAACCUUCCUGCGCAGAACAAUGCUGUCGACAUGAACGCUCUCUUCAAUAUGCUCAACAACACAUCCACAGCAGGCCCCGUCGCAGCCGGCACGGGUCAGUGGAACCAAGCGUAUCCCGAAAGCAUGGACAAUAUCAUGCUCGACGACUUUGUCAGCGAGCUCAUGAGCCUUACCGGUCCUCUCGUGGGUGGCGAAGCAGCUUCCACCGUUCCUCAGACCGCCAGUAACACGCCGAGUGCGGGAGCACAGCGAACAUCCCCGUCCGAGGCGCAGUCUGCACCUCGAGCCGCGCAAGAGCCGUCAGGUGCGGCCGCUUCAUCAGCAGCGGGCGCUCAGAGAAAUGUGGAAACUGUCACCGCAGCGAACACCACCCCGCGCUCGAAGCAAGCCGGCCUUGAUGACAGUGCAGCUCUGCCUGCGAAGGAUCUCAAAGCCGGCAACGGCAAACCAACUCUCCCGGGACGCACUUCCAAUCGAUACCGCAAGCUGCUCGAUUCGGACGCGAUCGAGUCGCUCUUGAGCAAGUACAGCCCUAUCUACGAACGAUUUUGGCAUGCUACGCUCAUGUUGCUUUCUAACAAGAAGCGGCAGGCUGCCGUCGACUACCUCAUGAGUGUAGUCCGAUCCAACAAAGCUUGUCGAGCGUCAGUCGUGGUCGUCUGCCUCGCCUACCACGAGCUCGUCCAGCGCAUUCGUAAAGGCGCUCAGAAGAGUGCUGGCAGUGGUAGACAAUCGCAACGCGAUACGACUGGCGCACCUCCUAGCUGGACCACGACAGCCAUCGACGCCGUCGAGAACGGGAAGAAAGCCGAGGCGGGUCCACAGGAUGGCAUGUCCAACACCAUGAUGAACCUCUUCCCUCGUGAAUCUGGAGACGACGACGAGGAUGACGAGGACGACGAUCGCUCGAUUCGAUCCGAUGUUGCCGAGGAUUCCAACGACGAAUCCAUGCCUCCGUCGCGUGGCGAGGACUGGGCGGAUUCGGAGGACGAACCGCAGGAAGAGAUCAGUACCAUCUCACGACACGGCCCGGGCGACAGAUCCUUUGCCUCGACAGGGUCCAAGCACGCAUCCGAUCGCUACGGCUCCACCAGCUUCUCGCGUCAAGCAUCCACCACUUCUCGAUCACCACAUGCGUCCAAUCGUCCGAGUUUGACGGGCAAACUCUCCACCGUCAAAGACAACAUUCAAGAGAUGGACGACCCUAGUCGCGAUGCGUUCCACGGUCAAAAGGUGGAAGAGCAUACCGUCGAGCUGUGGUUCGACAUUGCUCGAGCCGAGCUUGAGCGCAGCAGGGAGGAGUUGACGCUCGAUCAGGAGCUGUGUGCCAUCAUCAACCUGCGUUGGGCUUGUCUCUGUUUUGCAGGUGCUGAGAGGGCCAGGCAGUUGACCGAGGAACUGGGCAGGGUGAUGCAGAGAGAAGGGAUCGAUAUGGAUCACGCGGUCGAGGAGGAGAAGAAGGGAAGUUUUGUGAGCGUCAUGCUGCUCACGGCGGUGUAUACGGAUGUGUUGGAUACGGUGUCGGAUAGAGGCAAGAGGACGCACGUUACACUGCGAGGCGACGGUCCGCCUGCUAAGCUGAAGCGCGCCAGCGACGUCACGGGAGGAGAAGCAGCGACGGGCAAGACGGAGCCGUUCUUCGGUAGAGUCUCUCUGAUCUCGUUGGAGAUGUUGACGUGUUUCAAGACGAUCUCGGACCUCUCGGCAGAUGUAUGGGGUCCCAGCACGCCGGGUAGGACGAAACCGUCGCGACCGACCGAACAGGAAGUGGCCGAACGUUCGAGGCAGAUCGAACGCAAAGUCAUGUCCCUCCCGCCGUGGUCGGACCCGAACACCUCAUCUUCGCUGCGCGUUAGGGCGUUCGCAUUGCAAGAGAUCUGGCGUCAGACGGCGAGGCUGUAUCUGUUGCAAGCGGUGCAUCGUCGAGGACCGUUGUUUCCGGAACUGCAGAGCAUCCUGCACGAGAUCAUUCGACUGGCAAAGAUGGUCAAGGUGCAGAGUUUCACCGCUGUGGCACCUGUGGGGGUGACGACGACGGUGUCGAGGGCGAAUGCUCCACCGAACUAUGUCGGUGGUUUGACUUCGGAGGAUGGGUUUGGAGAGGUGCGAGAUGCGAAUCACCCAGACCCGUACGUCAACGCUACCUACGGCUUACCGUCUCCCUCGGACCCAGCCUCUCCGUCAGCCUCAGACUCUGGUGACGGGGCGACCAACGGUCCAGUCCCGUUCCAGAUGUGGCUCGACGUAGCGAGCUGGGAGAUGUGCACCGUGUGGUUCCUGUGCUGUACGGUGGCGCUGACGAGAGCGGAUCGGCAGUUCUGCAUCCACCAUCUGGAAUCGAGCGGGUUGGAGCGCGCGAACAGGGACAACAUUCAGGUGAUCAGAGACUACUGGAGCAAACAGGACAGCACGGGUUGCACGGUGGAUUGGUUUGAUUUCGUGAAAGGUUGUGGGAGGAGUGUUGUCUUUGCGUUCUGA